GCAUUGCCAUUGCCAAUGCCCGCAAGGCAAAAGCUAUAUUUCCCUUACCUCCGCCUGUUUGCAUUGUUCAUAAUUUAGCCGAAUUCGGGAGAGAAGAUGAGCGAGGCAAGUCCUGUGAGAAGGAGAGAAAGUCCAUGGGGGAUGCCGGAGGGAGAGGAUCGCCAACCUAAACCUCACAGAUGCAAUGACAGAGCUGAGGAUGUCAUCCAAGCUUGUUUUGAAGGGAACCCGUUUAAGACUGUUCCAGGACCAUUCAAGCUGUUCUGGCAAUGCAUGCGUUCUAAACCUGGGGAGGAACCAACGGAGCCAUUUACAUACUUGGACUUGGAUCCUCCAAAGAGAGAGGUGAAACUCGAGUAAGAAUUCAAAAUCCAUGUUAGAACGCAUACUAUCCAUAAGUGUUAAAAUUUCCGCUUUGAUACUGUCUCUUGCGAGUUCUCAAUGAGCACUUGGUUGAUAGGUCAGUUAAAUUGUCGAUAGGAUAGCAGUAAUAAUUAGUACAAUGAAAUAGCUUGUAUGCUUUUUGACCUUAUUGAAUAGAAUUGGUUAGUGGUUGCUGCAGUAUAUUUUCUUCUCAUGUCGGAUGCCUUUUACAGCUUGCAUGGUAAAUAGUCAGUAACAUUAAUAAGAAACUCCUCCCAAAAAAAGAGAGAUAAAGAAAAGACCCACUUUCUGAAUUC